CCGGGCACUGAGGGGCGCCUCGACGCCGCGCCAUGGAUGCCAACCUGCCCGGCACCUUCCUGCUCAACGGCCCCGCGCUGGGCGCCUUCCCCGAAGCCAAGGCGCCUGUCUGCCAGUACUCGGUGCAGAGCUCCUUCUACAAGCUGUGCCCGCCGGCGCUGGGCACCCCGCACGGCAUCUCCGACAUCCUGAGCCGCCCCGCGGCGGCGCCCGGCGGCAGCAUCGUCCCCACUUACCCGCAUGCGGGCGGACUGAACGGACUGAGCUCCGCCGGCGUCUAUUACGGGCCGCAGGUGGGGACCCUGCCCAAGGCCGGCGGAGAGUUCCUGCCACGGGGCCGGAGCUGCUGGGCAGAGGCGGCCCCGGACUGGCGGGGAGCCCGGCAGUGCGGCGGCCCCCCUGCUCACCUGGCUGACAGCAUCCACAAGAAGAAGCACACGCGCCCGACCUUCACAGGGCACCAGAUCUUCGCUCUGGAGAAGACUUUUGAGCAGACCAAGUACCUGGCGGGUCCGGAGCGAGCCCGGUUGGCCUAUUCCCUCGGCAUGACCGAGUCCCAGGUGAAGGUGAGUGUCGGUCCCUGCGUGGCACCGAGCGCACGGCACCGGUGGCCGCUAACCCAGCCGUGCCCAUGGGGGUGGCAGGUCUGGUUCCAGAACCGACGGACCAAAUGGAGGAAGAAGAGCGCCCUGGAGCCCUCCUCGUCCUCGCAGCGGGCGGGGGGCUCUGGUGGAGAGCGGGCGGCCUCCGAGGCUGAAGACGACGAAUACAACAAGCCCUUGGACCCCGACUCGGAUGAUGAGAAGAUCCGGCUGCUGCUGAGGAAGCACCGCGCCGCCUUCUCCAUGCAGGGCUUGGGCACGCACAGCGGCUGAGCCCGUCCUGCCGCAGGGGUGCCCCCGGCAGCUGCGGGAUGGGGCGGCCGCUGCCCCCCUCCUGGUGGCUUCUGCCCAGGGACCGUGGCUCGAGGGGCUGGGAGCAGCACAAGGGGCAGCACCAGGCGGUGAUGAAAUAAAGGUCCCAGCCCCAGCCAAGUCCCAGCGCUUGCUUCAUGGGUGCCCUGGGGCUGGGAUAGCACAUCUGGGGCAGGGUCAGCAUGCCAGGCAGGGGUAGGGGCUGUGGCUGCGGUGCUGUGCGUGGGGUAGGAAGAGCCCGCAGGAGCGGGACGGCCUUUGGGGACGUUUCCCAGGGUUUUUCCCGGUGUUGGGCGUGCACCAGCAGCAAGAGGUGCUGGUUCAAAAGUCACUCUUUGGGGCCUCUUGUUGGAACCUCUUAGCAGCAAAUAAAUAUCAUUUAUCUUAA